CAGCAACCAUUGCCCGCCGCUUCAGCACCGGUAGCCUCAGCGCCGCCCACUACGGCGUCGCAGCCCAGCGCUACGGCUGCUAAACAGGCCGUAGCACCGGCUACAGUAGCACUCGAGACCAAAAUUGCCACCAAAUCAGCGCCAGUAGCCUCUCAGCAACCAUUGCCCGCUGCUUCAGCACCUGUAGCCUCAGCGCCGGUCACUACGACAUCGCUGCCCAGCGCUACGGCUGUUAAACAGGAGUCAGAUCCGCCGGCAACGACCCCUAUCUCGCAGCCAUCAGUGGCUCUCCCGUCACAAGUCUCUGCACCGGCGACCGCAGCCGCCGCCACCGCACAGGCGGUACCACCACUAGUAUUAACGCAGCAAAAGUCGGCCAAAGGGGACGAGAAGUCGGCGCUAAUCGCGUUCGCGAUCGCCAACAAGAAGUCGACCGCAAAUAAUAGCGCCGCCGCUGACAACAGUCGUCGAGUGACCAGACAUUCGACCAAUAAUAGCGGCACCGCAUCGGCGGCCAAAUCGUUGGCAACGGCGGCGACAGCGGUGGCCACAAAGACUACGGCCAACGGUCGGGCGGCGGCGAACCUCGUUCGGGCCACGAAGAGUUCGCCAACGCCUGUACUAAUGGCCAACUUUUUGGCCGCCCAAAAGUCAAGCGCAGAUGCGACUAAAAAUUCUAUGGCCAAACCGGCGGUCAAACCACCGCAAAGAGGGGCCAAACGUAAACUGCCGGCCACUGGCGCGACGGUCGCCACCGCCUCAGCCGUCGAAACCAAACCCAAUCGGCCGGCAGAUACUCGGCGGACGCCCACCAAACCCGAGCGUAACAGCUCGGCUUCCAGUACGCCACCGGCGGCCACACCCGCAGCCACACCGGCCGCCACCGCCGCAACAGCAGAGAAUAGCCAACAGAGGGCCAGCAAACGGGUGCGGCUACAGUACCAGCCGUUCCAGUCGCCGGAACCGCUGCAGGCGUUGCCGCUGCUGUUGAGGGCGUCGGUGUCCACAGCGGCCGCCAAACGUACGAAACCGGACGAAGCAGUGGAGGACAAAGUGAUUAUCUAUCAUAAGAACGAAUUCCUGGCCGUUAGGAACGACUCCAACGGUUACUAUAUAUGUCGGACCAAACAGAAUGUGUUUAAGCAGAGCCGCAAGUUUAAGAUCUUGUGGUUCAACAACGAUAGCCAAAAACAGCGGCCACUCGUUUACACUCCGGACUUCUACGAUGUGACCGACUUUGAGUGCAUUCUGACUAAUGUGACCAUGGACAGACUCGACAAGGGCCAGUUUGAGCUGCCCUACUAUGAGAAACAGCGUAUAUUGAAUAUACUUCACAAGGCCAUCAAUGUCGAA